GAGAGAUUGAAGGGAGGGCACGACGGACAGUCAAGGAAGGGGAUGGGACUUUCGCGAGCUGUAAAGUCAAGUCGUCCCGGUCCCCAAGUUGGCACAGGAAACGCUCCGCGCGAAGGAGGAAGGCCCUACGUUGUAUUCGAUCAUGUGGGGUGAUGCUCUGCACUCACCAUCCACUGCUAACUGUGUCCAGGAACGGUGCAUCCGAGUUCUAGAUCACCGGAACCAUCAAGAGUUGGUCGAUGCCUGGUCGAUGCUCGACGACCUGCACAAGAUCUCCCAGGAGACGCUGGUGAUAAAUGGCGCAGACGAUGAGGUGAGAAACUUUGUCGUCGGCCCUCUGUUCUGGCAGAUCUCGAAGGCGAAGUGGGCGCAGUCCUCGAAGAGUUCUCACCUAGCGUUCUUCGAGGAGCCGGAGCGGUACUUCCAAGUUGUUGCGCAGUCCUUGAACGCCCUCCUCGGUCAGUAUUUGACAGAAGCUGGCACUCCGAGUCUGACGAAAUAA